AUGCAGAGUCUUCCGCAUGCCCCUGACCAACCAUCAACAUCGGAAUCGAAUCCGCGAGGAUCACGAACCCGCACCGGCUGCUGGUCUUGUCGCGCCCGUGGAGUGAAGUGUGACGAGCAGCGCCCUAAGUGCCAGAAGUGCAGGAAGCUGGAUUUAACCUGCCAAUAUGGCAUGCGUCUACAGUGGGUAGAAGAUUCCAUUGCCCGGGGAAUCUGCCAUGGCAGACAGGGUGUCUGGUCCUCAGACAGCGGUAAGCAGCGUCGCCAGGAUACAUCCCGAGGGCAUUCGGUAAAGGUUCCGAGCAAUGCGUUGUCGCCGCAGCCCGGUCCUGCACGCUUCUUCUUUGUCAAUACAUCAGUAGAGGAUAUCGAGUUCUACGCAGCCUCCCAGUCGCAGACUCAUCACAGCGCUGAGGCGUUGCUGUUGAGCCUCCGAGAUCAGGGUGGCAACAGAGGCGUAUGGGAGCUCGAAGACGCACACUCGUCCGGUAACUCUGGCAGGCAGCCAGUUGUCGGGUUAUCGAGUGAAGAGCUGCUGAAGCUUCUGCAGCGGUCCUUUUCCCAACAAUGGAAACUCCCCAACUUAAAUGCACAGCCUUCAGCCGGACUGGUGCGGCCACUUGACGACUACGAUGGAUAUAUUUUACGAUUCUAUGACAUCGAUGUCUGCGCCCGGACAACCCUACUUGACGACAAGUCGUACAAUCCAUUACGAUUUGCUGUCCUUCCGAUGAUCUCCUUUUCUGACACGGUACUCUCUGCUGUUCUCGCCAUCAGCGCGACGAAGCUGGCCCACAACGACCCUCGUUUCCGUGCUAAAGCAUUGCGCCAUCGCCAGGAGGUUAUCUCCAAUCUAGCCAAGUCUCUUCAGACUGUCAACCAGCAGCUUAUCAACUAUAUCGAGGCGUUGGUGUCGGUAAUAGUGCUUUGUUGGUGCGAUAUCUCUGACCGCUGCCAGCCGUCUUGGACGAAUCACUUAAUGGGGAUAUCAUUACUGCUCGACGCAUGCCCUGACGAUGCCUCCGAAGAUCCAUACGCAAUAAAGCUUAUUCAGUUCUGCCGUCAAUACUUUGUCUAUCACACCGUAAUGGCCAAAGCAACAUUUUCGAUCGAUGGCUUCAUACCCAAUUCGAGGUCGGCGCUAUCCAAGUACCUCGGGCAAACAGAUAUUGUGGCUACUCCUGAUGUGUCCUCACCUGAAGAACACUUCAGUCGUCUUGUCCUGGAACCAGCCGGGACUGACCACGAACCACAGCAAGGGCCUGCGCAAAUCGGUGCAGGGCUCCUCGCCAAAGGAGUCCACCCUGAUCAGAUUGAGCUUCACCAGGGAUUUAGUAAUACGCUGUUGGUUCUGAUCAACAGUAUUAGCGAUUUAGUUGAUAUGAAGAAACCAUCCGAAGGCGGAACAAGCAAUAGCGAAACGAUUAGGCAGCUGGACACAGCCCUGGAAAACCUAGUCCAGGUGCCACCGAGAGAGGCCAGCCAGAAUCCGAUGGUAGAAGCCGAUGAAGAAGGGGCAGCAAAGGACCCCGAUCCUGAUGCAUCGUCCGCGCCCAGAUUCGAGACGAUCAGAGCUACAGCGGAAGCGAACCGGCUGGCUGCACUAAUUUUUCUUGAUGACACCUGCUCGCUUCAUUUCCCCGAUAUAGUACCUGCGUGUCGGCGGCACCGUCACAAGUAUAUCCAGGAGAUUUUCUCCCUCGUUGAGAUUGUCUGUGGAACGCAGCCUGUGACAGCUGCCUUACCUAUAUGGCCAAUGUUUAUUGCUGGUUGCUCCAUCACGAACGAGGACGACCGCAUCAAAUUCCUCAGCAUUCUAGAAAAGUUCCAGUGGGAACGACUAUUCGGGAGUGUUGCCGCGGCAUGUACAGUCGUCGAGAAUGUAUGGCGUAGACGGGAUUUGAGCAGCGACGAAACGCCAAGAAAAAGCACCUCUACCUCCCAGUCAAGCACGAGAGCCGAGAGCAAAAGGGGGAAGAAUGAAGGGCGGAGGGAGGGACUGACCCCCGCCCAGCCAGGAUCACAUGCUGUCAAGAUGCGGUAUCCUUGGGAGUCUGCUAUGUUUAUGUCGGGCGGGUCGAUUUUGAGUUUAACUUGA